CCUUUGAAUAAACAAAUAGAAAAUUUAAUUUUCCUUCCUUUUCUGUUAUUCGGUUUCUUUUCACCAGCAAAGCAAAUAGGACCGUACUCACUCUUACGAUGCAUUUGCGAACCUGAGAAGCGUGUUCAAUUUACAAUUUAUUUGGGUUUGGGGUUUGGCAACCCCAAUUCGUUUCUCUGAUAAUCAAUCAGGUCAUGGCUGCCAAGAAGCUAAUUGCAAUAUGUCAGUGUGGAGGCGAUUUUGAAACUGAGAAAGAUGGUUGUUUGUCAUAUAAAGGCGGUGAUGCUCAUGCUAUCGACAUUGAUGAUCAAAUGAAAUUUAAUGACUUCAAGGUGGAAGUAGCAGAGAUGUUUAAUCUUAGUGUUGAUAGCAUGUCUAUCAAGUAUUUCCUACCUGGUAACAAGAAGACUCUCAUUACAAUUUCCAAUGACAAGGAUCUACAACGAAUGGUUAAAUUUCAUGGGGAUUCAAUUACUGUUGAUAUCUAUAUCCGUAUUGAAGAGGUAGUUGCCCCUGAGGUGUCGAACAUGCCAGCCAGUAGGUCAAGCAGAACAACCUUGUCUGAAACAGCAGUACCAGUCAAUACUAGUCAGACUCUUGUUUUGCACGAUGUCAUGGAUGACACUUCGCAUUCAAUAGUUCCAAUUGAUGCUCCACCUGAUGUUGUUCAUGAUACAAAUCAACUUGAUACACAUAUAGACAUUCCUCUUGAAGUUCCCCCCAUUUUCCCUCUUCUUUCCUCAAAUGAUGAGAAUCACGCGAAAGGGGCACAGCAAUGGCAGAACACUAUCACUGGUGUGGGUCAAAGGUUCAGCAGCGUACAUGAGUUUCGAGAAUCAUUGCGUAAAUAUGCCAUUGCUCAUCAAUUUGCCUUUAGAUAUAAGAAAAACGAUAGUCAUCGUGUGACUGUUAAAUGCAAAGCUGAAGGUUGCCCUUGGAGAAUUCAUGCAUCAAGGUUGUCAACUACUCAGUUGAUAUGUAUCAAGAAAAUGAAUUCAACUCAUACUUGUGAAGGGGCCGUUGCAACAACAGGGCAUCAAGCAACUAGGAGUUGGGUGGCCAGCAUUAUAAAGGAGAAGUUGAAAGUUUUUCCAAAUUACAAGCCCAAGGACAUUGUCAAUGACAUCAAGCAGGAAUAUGGAAUUCAACUAAACUACUUUCAGGCAUGGCGUGGGAAAGAAAUUGCGAAGGAGCAGCUUCAGGGUUCUUAUAAAGAGGCAUAUAGUCAAUUACCUCUCUUUUGUGAAAAAAUAAUGGAGGCUAAUCCUGGAAGUCUAGCUAUUUACACUACUAAGGAAGACUCAAGCUUCCAUCGUCUCUUUGUAUCAUUUCAUGCUUCAUUGUAUGGCUUUCAACAAGGUUGCCGGCCACUGAUUUUCCUUGAUAGCAUUCCAUUGAAGUCAAAGUACCAAGGGCAAUUGUUAGCAGCAACAGCUGCUGAUGCAGAUGAUGGUGUCUUUCCUGUUGCCUUUGCUAUUGUUGAUGCUGAAUCUGAUGAUAGCUGGUUUUGGUUCUUAUUUCAACUCAAAUCUGUGCUGUCAACAUCUUGUCCCAUAACAUUUGUAGCUGACAGAGAGAAUGGGCUCAAAAAUUCGAUUGCUGAGAUAUUUGAAGGUUCAUUUCAUGCAUACUGCCUACGGUACUUAACUGAGCAACUUUUUAGAGACUUGAAAGGGCAGUUUUCUCAUGAGGUAAAGCGACUGAUGAUUGAGGAUUUAUAUGCUGCUGCUUAUGCAUCCAAACUAGAAGGCUUCGAAAACUGUAUGGAGAGCAUUAAAAAAAUUUCUUUAGAAGCUUACAAUUGGAUUAUACAAAGUGAACCCCAGCAUUGGGCGAAUUCAUUUUUUCAGGGUACUAGGUAUAAUCACAUGACUUCAAACUUUGGGGAACUUUUCUAUAGUUGGGCAUCACAGGCAGAUGAAUUGCCAAUAACUCAGAUGGUUGAUGUAAUUAGGGGUAAGAUUAUGGAGUUGAUUGUUGCCAGAAGAGCAGAAUCCGAUCAAUGGUUGAGUAGGCUGACUCCAUCCAUGGAGGAGAAGCUUAAAAGGGAAAACCAAAAAACUCAUUCACUUCAAGUUCUGCUAUCGGGCAGCAGCACAUACGAGGUUCGUGGUGACACAACUGAGGUGGUUGACAUUGACUGCUGGGAAUGUAGCUGCAAAGUCUGGCAGCUGACUGGUGUCCCAUGCUGCCAUGCCAUUGCUGUCAUUGUUGGCAUUGGCCGGAGUGUGUAUGAUUAUUGCUCCAGAUAUGUUACAACUGAAAGCUACAGAUUGACUUACUCAGAGUUUGUACAACCGAUUCCAAAUUUGGAUGUGUCUGCUUCAAAAGAUUCUCAGUUUGUAGUAACAGUAACACCUCCUCCCACCCGACGACCACCGGGUCGACCAACUACAAAGCGAUAUGUAUCUCAAGACAUAGUCAAGCGCCAACUUCGUUGCAGCCAGUGCAAGGGACUAGGGCACAACAAGUCUACUUGCAAGGAAUAGUUAGAGUGCUGUACACCAGUUUCAGCCAAGGACUGGUGGCACAAGGAUCUGUACAAUGCAUAUAACAGCUCUUGUGAAGGGAAUUGGAAAAAAAAAACCUAGAACUACUGUUUUAGUUAUGCAAUAAGGAAAGCAUGGUUGUUGUAGAGUAUUUAUUAUUCUUUUGUAGUUGGUUGCAUCGCUACUCGCUAGUCUAAAUUCAGGGUGCAAGCACUUAUAGUUGUCAUGCUUGGAAUCUGUACAAGUUUGGUUCCCCUUGCUUGAAAUCUCUGCUAAGUCCGGAGUGCGAAUCUGUCGUAUAAAUGUAGGGUUUAAAUUGUCUCCUUUUAUAGUAGACAA